AUGAACAAGUGGAUUCACAAACUCGAUGACUGGAUAAGCAACAAAGAAACAUUGACGCCAUUACCAGAAAAGGAUGUUUUUCAACUUUGUACUUUAGCCAAAGAAAUACUUAUAUGCGAGCCAAAUAUUAAAUAUAUUCAGGGGCCAGUUGCCGUCGUUGGGGACAUUCAUGGGCAGUAUUCGGACUUAAUAGAGAUUUUUAGAAUAAACGGUGAUGCUCCUUUCUCAAACUACUUGUUUCUUGGAGACUAUGUCGAUCGAGGGCAAAAAUCUGUGGAAACGAUCACACUACUCGUGUUAUUGAAAAUUCGGUAUCCAGAUCGUAUCACCCUUAUUCGUGGCAAUCACGAAAGUGAGCAGCCAAAUAAAUUUUAUGGAUUCUACGAAGAGUGCAUUGAGAAGUACGGAGACGAGCGAGUCUGGAGCUACUUUUCGGAUCUAUUCUGCUAUUUGCCGAUCGGUUCUAUUAUCAACGAUCGAUAUCUCGCUGUCCACGGAGGCCUCUCGCCAUCACUCUGUUCCAUCGACCAGAUCCAGGAGCUAAAUCGCGUAAAGCAAGAGGGAGGCUUCUGCGACCUUUUGUGGUCCGAUCCGUAUGAAGUCGCGGGAUGGAAGUUGUCUCCCCGCGGGAUUGGAUAUUGCUUCGGAGAGGAUAUCAGCAAGCAGUUCAAUCGAGAAAACGCGCUGCAGUGCAUCGUUCGGGGCCACCAGGUGAUUAGUUACGGAUAUCAGUUUUGUCAUGAUAAAAAUGUAAUCACUGUUUUUUCCGCGCCGAAAUACUGCGGAAUGAAGAACACGGCAGCCGUCAUGGUCAUAUCAGAUAACCAAGAGUUUUCCUUGUUUGGUUUUUUCAGCUUCACUCAUAAGUAG